ACUUAGUCUCAAGAGCUUUCCUUCAGAGCAAGGCAAUUGGUGGAAAAAAUGGAGGCAAUGAAUCAGUGGGAGGAGACAGAAGAAGAAGAAGCAGCAGCAGCAGCAGGCACGGCUCUGAGAAGAAAGCUGCCACACCAGCACAGCAACACAGCAAACCUCGCCACCACUGUCUCCCAGGGUGACUUUAUCUUUUCUUCCUCUGAGAGUUCAUUAGCUUCUGGCGAAGCUGAGGAGGCAGAGGAAGUCAAGGAAACCCCAAGCAAUGACACUCCCAUUUCUCACAAAAAUGGAGGUACUGAAUCCCCAUAUGAGAUCUCUGGAUUCAGUGGCGGACAUGUCGAUUUUUCUUUCAGGAAAAACCCUGGAGAUGAAAUACUGGAUGUCAAAGUGGUCUUUGAUGAGAGUGCUGUUAGUAUUACCAACCGUCAAGAUGUCGGUGAUGCGAAGGUUGAAGAAGAGUUGAAUGGUUCUGGUACUUCAUCUUCCAAGCAGUCAGUUGAGCAGAAUGGACGUGAUGCUUCUGGAAACAAUGGGACAACUGAACAUGGGGGAGUUAAGCUGAGAGAAAUCAGUGAACAAGAAGCGUCUGAAUUGUAUCUUGAAAGGGUAUAUCAGAAGCCGGCAGCGCAUGAUUUCUACUGUCCUAAUUGCAACUCUUGCAUCACAAAGGUUAUCAUUCGCGGUAGAGAACCGGAAAGUACACUACCUCCUGCUGCGCCACCUCCUCCACUAGUUGAUCCAAUUCGAUGCACUUCGUGUUUCAGUUUCCUCAUUCCUGCAGGCAGCUGGUUCUUUCCUAAAUUGAAACAUAAGGAUGAGGACGAUCAUACGAAACAGGAAACCAAUAUUGGAAAAGGUGUUGAAGUUGGAGAGUUGAUUCCAGUUCCAUCGCAUGACUCGGCUGGAACACUACAAGAUCAGAAUAGUCAAACUGCACCAGUAAGUAAAGGUCCAGCGCCUGAAGAGCCCGUUGGAGCUACUGCAAUAGUUGAACCCUCACGAGAUAAUAUUCAGGGCAGCGUUGGAGUCGAGGGCUUGGAUGAAACGCAAUAUGAUAAAAGUCCAGCAAUGCCCGCUCAGCCAAUUGGAGUUGGUGAUACUGCCUCAAUAGAUAAACCUAUAGUGACUGGUGAGUCUGUUGAAGCUAGUGUUGGAGCUAAACCUUCUGGAAAUAAUUUUGAGAGCGGUGUUGAAGUUGAGGAGUCAGUUCCAUCACAUGAGUCAAAUGGAACAGUACUUGAUAAAAAACCUUCAGUGCCUGUUCUGCCAGUAGGAGUUGGUGUACUUGUGACCACGAAGCCCCCAGCAUCACAAAUAGAUGUGGUAGCCAUUUCACGAGAGCCCGUGCAAAUUCAAGAAAGUGAUGCAGGGCCAACUACAUCAGAGCUUCCUGAGAGCACGGUAGUCGUUAUUAGUCCAGAACCAACAAUCAUACCCCCCGAAACAGGUGAUACCACAACGUUAGAAAUCUUCAAAAGCAUUGUAUACGGUGGUUUAACUGAAGCAAUUACAAGCUUAGGCAUCGUGACUUCUGCAGCCAGUGCUGAUACUGCCACACUGAACAUUUUAGCUUUGGCAUUGGCAAACUUACUUGGCGGACUUUUCAUCAUUGGUCACAACCUCUGGGAACUGAAAGAUGAUCAUUCAAAAGUGCCCUCCGGUGAAACAGAUGAAGAAGUGGAAAGAUACCAGAAAGUACUAGGGAAAAGAGAGAAUUUCCCUCUUCAUGCCUCUAUUGUUAUAUUAUCAUUCAUUGUUUUCGGGUUAAUACCUCCUGUGGUUUAUAGCUUCUCGUUCCUCCAGAGCAACAACAGGGACCUAAAGAUUGCAGCAGUUGCAGUAACUUCUUUUCUGUGCAUCAUGGUUCUCGCAAUUGGAAAGGCUUACAUCCAGAGGCCACCAAAGUACAUGAAAACUUUACUCUACUAUAUCACCAUCGUGAUUGGGGUGGGAGGUGUUUCUUACUUAGCAGGUGACCUGAUUGACAUACUCCUAGAGAAGCUUGGCUGGUUCCCCUCAACUGAAUCCGUCUCUCUGCUGCUUCCUCAGAUGAAUAUAGUGAAGCCUUCACUCGAAUCCUAUUGAUAAGAUGCGGUCUCAAGUUGAGGGAAACCAGCCAAGCUUGAGACCAUGUCGUAUCAAUAGGAUAAACUUGACAUCACUUAGUCUAGUGAAGCCUGCACUUGAAUCCUAUUGAGGCUCUCAACAAGAGAUUUUUUGUAGUUUUUCUUUGGAGCGUUGUCCUAUCGCAGGAACCCUAAUAUCUGAUCAAUGCUAAUGUUAUGAAUAAAAUCGUUAACGCUAUGCAGUUUAUUUUGAGUUA